CAAGGCUUGCCAGGCCUGCCGACCAAGCGCGCCCUCCUUUCAAUCCAAUUGGGAACGAGACUACGAGAGUAUUGCUAGACGACUAGCGGAAGGAGGAGCAGAAAGGCCUCGGAGUUGGAAGCAAGCGAAAUACGGUGAAGGGGCGCAAAUGGUGAUGGAGAAGAGAAGCAGGGAUGAGAAGAUGGUGGGUGUUGGCGGUGAUGGCCAUAACAGAUCUUCCGGCAGACCUCUCCCUUCUUCCGCUCCCCAGACCAGGCCUCCUCCCCCCCCUCCUCGCCCCCGUUUCGAACCUGUUGAUCGCGAAAAGACUUGUCCUUUGUUGCUUCGAGUUUUCACUAAGAUUGGAGGUCAUCAUGGCAUGGAAGACUUUGCAGUGAGAGGGAAGGAACCCAAAGAUGAAGUUCAAAUUUAUACAUGGAAGGAUGCUACUCUUCGUGAAUUAACUGAUCUUGUUAAAGAGGUCGCCCCAGCGGCAAGGAGAAGAGAUGCGAAACUUUCAUUUGCAUUUGUGUAUCCUGAUAAACGUGGUCGUUUUGUGGUGAAAGAGGUGGGGAAGACAUACUCUUAUGGAAAUGGAAGACGACUUGAUGACAACAAGGCAUUGGCUGAACUUAGCUUCCAGGUAAAAAAAAAAAAAAAACACUUUCUCUUGGGGAAUGAGAACUUGUAGCCAUUUUGGAUGCUUCCCCUUUGUAACGGAACAUUCUAAUUUUAAUUUUUGUAGAUUGGAGAUUACUUGGACGUGGCAAUCAUGUAGAGGGUCAGAAAAUGUGGGGAUGCUGUUUCUAAUAUAGGUGGGUGUGGGUUUGCUAUGGUGAAUUGAGCUGGGAAGGACCUGUAAUGUAGCAGUCAGCUUUCCAUUUGGAUUUUAGGUCAGUUGCAUGCAUCUUCGUUGUGUGCAUUUCAUGUGCAGGUGCAAAGUGGGGCUGUUAAAAUGUAUGAUGUAAGGAUGUACGAUGACUUGAAAUCGUUUUCAUUAUGUUUCAGCUUUCUUUAAUAAACUUCAUUGUUAGUGAGGCAA